AGCUCAUAGGGAUGUGUUUUGGGUUUAGUGAUAGGAAAUAAUUCCCAGGCGAUCUUUCUGUUGCAGGGGGAAAGAUGUCUAUGGAUGUGACAUUUCUGGGGACUGGCGCAGCGUACCCAUCUCCAACCCGGGGUGCCUCUGCUGUGGUCCUUCGGUGUGAAGGCGAGUGCUGGCUCUUUGACUGUGGGGAAGGAACACAGACACAGCUUAUGAAAAGCCAACUUAAAGCAGGGAGAAUUACCAAGAUCUUCAUCACUCAUCUUCAUGGAGACCAUUUCUUUGGCCUUCCUGGGCUCCUCUGCACAAUUAGCCUGCAAAGCAGCUCCGUGGUUGCCAAACAGCCUAUUGAAAUCUAUGGCCCUAUUGGGCUUCGGGACUUUAUCUGGCGAACCAUGGAACUGUCCCACACAGAGCUGGUCUUCCCUUAUGUGGUCCAUGAGCUGGUGCCUACAGCGGAUCAGUGCCCUACUGAAGAACUGAAGGAAUUUGCACGUGUGAAUGUAGCAGACGGCCCUCCCACAGAGGGACAAGGAAGAACUAUCCUGUUAGACUCAGAGGAAAACUCAUACCUUCUGGUUGAUGAUGAACAGUUUGUUGUGAAAGCAUUUCGCCUCUUUCACAGAAUUCCCUCCUUUGGGUUUUCAGUUAUGGAAAAGAAACGCCCAGGUAAACUCAACGCACAGAAACUAAAAGACCUUGGUGUUCCACCAGGUCCUGCCUAUGGGAAGCUGAAAAAUGGAAUUUCUGUUGUUCUGGACAAUGGGGUGACAGUUUUUCCUGAAGAUGUCUUAAAAAAGCCUAUCGUUGGAAGAAAAAUCUGCAUAUUGGGUGACUGCUCUGGGGUUGUGGGUGAUGGAGGAGUGAAGCUGUGCUUUGAAGCAGACCUAUUGAUCCAUGAAGCGACCUUGGAUGAUGCCCAAAUGGACAAAGCAAAGGAGCACGGCCACAGCACACCACAGAUGGCAGCAACAUUUGCAAAGUCGUGCCAUGCGAAGAGGCUAGUUCUGACUCACUUCAGUCAGAGGUACAAACCAGUUGCCUUGGCCAGAGAAGGAGAAACAGAUGGCAUUGCAGAACUGAAAAAGCAAGCCGAGUCGGUGUUAGAUCUCCAAGAAGUGACUCUAGCAGAAGAUUUUAUGGUGAUUGGCAUUCCAAUUAAGAAGUAAGAUCAUGUUCCUGAAUGCAUCUUGACAUGUCUAUGGACUGGAACUAUAGUCAAGUUUUUAUUUUUUGUUUUUAGCCUGAAAUUAUUUGGGCCCUAAUAAUCCUUAAAAGGAUGGAACUGCAUUGCUGACAUGACUCAGUAGUUAGAGGGAGCAAGAUUUUUGAUAAUAAAUCAUUUUUAAAAGAACAGACCCCCA